AUGCGAGCGCGCCACUGGCGCAGCAUUGAUCACCUGGUUCUGGUAAAUAUCAUCGCGAACCCGCUCGAUGAGCAACAACAAUUGCUUGUCCAACAAGAAGAAAACGCUCAGCGUCAUGCACAAAUGGGUGCAACCCUUGAUCGCCAGCGUGACUAUGUGUUCACUUCACCCAGUGUGGAGGAACGUCUACGUCAAGCAGCCCGCCAAACAUUGGCGACGUGGGUCAUUGUCCAUGGGCCUAAGACUCCUAAGGAGGUGGUGAGCGUACAGGCACUUCGCGAGAGGUACCUGGAGCCGCACCUAACGACCCGAGGUCAAUACAAGGCACGCCUUGACAUGCAAGCACGUGUUGCACCGGUUCCACCGAUCGAGGGUAUACCCAUUCUCUUGUUCGCAGGCGAAAUAGUGAGCGAAGAAGACGAUGCCUUCGUCCGCUAG